AUGGAGGAGGUGAAAAAGGGAGCCACCCUGGCUGAAGGAAAAGCAGUUUUGCACAGCCAGAAUAUCACCAUCCCAGCCUGGUGUUCCCACGAGUUUGCUCCAAGCAAUGACAGAGAUGCUCAGUUGGCCGUGAUUGGACCGGCUGAACCGAUUGUGGUUCUGGUUGGGGAAUAUGCUGACUUACCCUGUCGCCUGGACACCAAGAUGAAUGCAGAGCACAUGGAGGUGAGGUGGUCCAGGUCCGAGUAUUUCAAUGUCGUGCACCUAUACGAUGAAGGGGAGGACCAGGAUGGAGAGCAGAUGGAGGAGUAUCAAGGUAGAACGACGCUGGUGAGAGAUUCCAUCGUCGACGGACGUGUGAUUCUGAGAAUACACAAUGUCCGUAUGUCUGAUGAGGGACAGUACCGCUGCUUCAUUAGAAGCCCAGAACAUUUCGCUCAAGCCACUCUGGAACUGAAAGUGGCAGAAAGCAGAGCCGAGAAGACCAUCUAUUGCCACUCAUCUCAGGAUGCCCCUGGGGCCUUCAGAGGGUGGGCAGAUCAGUUUACUGUGAUUGGACCUGCUACACCCAUAGUGGCCCUGGUAGGGGAAGACAUCGAGUUACCCUGUCACCUGGUCCCCAAGAAAAGCACUGAGCACAUGGAGGUGAGGUGGUCCCGAUCCAAAUUCUCCCAGUCCGUGCACGUGUAUAGAGAUGGCCAGGACCAGGAUGGAGAACAGAUGGAGGAGUAUCGAGAAAGGACGGAUUUAGUGGUAGGCUAUGGACACGUGACUCUGAAAAUAUAUGACAUCAGAGUGUCUGAUGUGGGAAGAUAUCGCUGCUUUUUCCGAGAUGGGCGAAUGCAUGAUGAAGCCACUGUGGAGCUGCAGGUGGCAGUUGAGGGCAUCCAGCCUCGGCUCCACAUUAAGGGGCACACGGACCAAGAGCUCGUCCUGGAGUGUGGGUCGUCCGGAUGGUACCCGGAGCCUGAGUUGGAGUGGAGAGACGACAGGGGGAGGGUCAUCCCAUCGCGGUCUCUGCACCGACUCCGAGCUGGAGAUGGCCUGUAUGUUGUGGCCGCGUCUGUGGCAGUCCCAAUCCACUUCGUGCGCCAGAUGUCCUGCUCCGUCCGGAACCCCCUCCUCUGGGGGCGAAAGGUGACAGCGAUUUCCACCACAGAUACUUAG